GAGGCAGUUAGCGCGCGUCUGGUGCCGGCGUGACACUUGUGUUUUCUUGUAUUUUGCCGUCGUCUCAUCGCGGUGGUCCGUUCCACAUUAAUUUUAUUUUGCAUUCGCGAUCUAUGUAAAUAUUGCAACAACAUUAAUCUGCAAUCUUCCUAACACAAUACUUAGAUAGAUCCGACUAUCCGAGCAACAACCAAACUUUUCGUCCGUGGCGCCCGUUCACGUUGUCGUGAGAUUUUUAUUUUUUAUCCGUUGACGGUGUUGGUGAUUUACAAGUUUUAAAAUCGAAUCCGACUCGUGCCUAUAAUAAGAAACGUUUUAAAAAUAAAACCAUUCGCCGGCCCGAUUUGUUAUACUCAGAGGACGUCAACAAACGGAUUAUUCUUUAACUCUCGGGUGCUGAGACUCCCGAAGCAAUCAUGAUUAAAGUGGACGAAUCAGAUCCAAUAGGAGAACUAGAACCUAGUUUCCCUUACAAAGAUAUUACAAUUCGUAGAGGAGUAGAUAUGAAAGAGCACUAUGAACUACAAUCUGAAAUUGGACGGGGGAAAUUUGGUACGGUGUUCAAAUGUCGAGAAAAAGCUACGAAUCUUAUGUUGGCUGCUAAAUUCGUUGGUAUUGUUCAUAAACAAGAUCGUCGAAAUGUGGAAAGAGAAGUAGAAAUAAUGUGUGAACUUCAACAUCCCAGGUUGAUACAACUCUACGACGCUUUUGAAGCAAAUAAUGCAAUGUGCUUCAUUUUAGAACUAGUCGAGGGAGGGGAACUAUUUGAACGAGUAAUUGGUGAUGAUUUUGUAUUGACCGAAAAAGCUGUAACAAUAUUUAUGCGACAGAUCUGUGAAGGGGUGCAAUUUAUUCAUUCGAAAAAUAUACUCCAUCUUGACCUCAAGCCAGAAAACAUACUGUGCUUAACUAAAACUGGAAAUCGUAUAAAAAUCAUUGAUUUUGGUUUGGCUAGAAAAUUCAAUCCUGAAAAUAAACUCCAAGUGUUGUUUGGUACACCAGAAUUUGUAGCUCCUGAGGUAGUUAACUUCGAUGCUAUUGGAUUUGGUACAGAUAUGUGGUCUGUUGGAGUAAUAUGUUAUGUUUUAUUAUCGGGUUUGUCGCCUUUUAUGGGAGAAACCGACGUGGAAACUAUGGCCAAUGUAACAAUUGCUCAAUACGAUUUUGAUGAUGAAGCAUUCGAUUCUAUAUCUAAUGACGCGAAAGAUUUUAUCAAAAAGCUUCUUGUCAAAGAUCACAAGAGCCGUCUGACUGCGACCGAAUGUUUAUCGCACCGAUGGAUGCAAAAGAAGAAACCGAAGAAAAUGGUACGAAAAAGUUCAAGCAAAAAAUUGGUGAAACAAACCGAAGAGAAUACAAUACAGGUACCGGCGGCAGCGGCGGCAGUGGUAGCAACUACAACAUCCUCCGGACCAGACUCGUUAUUGUUGCCUCUGGAAACAAGUAAAGUGAACUUGAAAGAGUUUUGCAGCAAGUCGCGUAGUCAAUCUCCAUUGGAGAUCACCACUGUGUCACCCACUUGUAUCCUACAAAAGGACAAUAAAUCUUCAGAGGCGUGCGGAAAUGAUGACAAUAUGUCAACAACCGCCGGAAUCGUUAUUGGAAAAUCUAUGGUGCCGGCGUCCGUACCACAGAAUACAAACGCCACCUCUAACGUAUCUCAGCACACAGCCGUUACAACUUCCGGCAUACCGCAGGACACGGACAACGCGACUUUUGGAAUGUCUUCUGCAGCAGGUAUCGACAUAACACCAGCAGUGGAUAUUGUGCAAGGCAGUGCAGACAAACAGCGGAUGUCGACGACCACCUGGACGCAAACAACUUUCCGGACGAUAACAAACUGUAGCAAUAAUUACCGACGAGCGUCGGACGUGUCAUAUACGUUUUCGAACUUCCGAACGUCUACGACUGCGGCUGCAUCGUCCAAUUUCCUGGGACAGGAGCUACGAGACUUGCAGACAAUGAUGUUAGGAGACCGACCGGAAGCACUUCAGAAGGACGGUGCCGGCGGCUCUGGAAGCAGUUUACACAAACUGUUGCUGAAUAGGCAGCACCUGACUGCGGCAGUCACGGACCGGAAGCCCAAGUUCAAGUUCUCGUCGAUGAAUCGUGACGUUCCGUCAGGAUCUCCGCCACCCGUCAGCAACCUAUUGUAUUAUAUGACUGCGGCGGCAGCGGCAGCGUCGUCUUCGUCGUCGGCAUCAUCAUCAUGCAGGUCUGCGCCACACAGUAAGCGUGCCUCCCCCGAACACGAGUUGACCUCCGCCAGAGAAAUGUUGCUCAAAUUGUUCUACGGCGGCAGUGAUACUUUGGCCGAACCCAAUUUGUCCACUUGAUACGCAACGCCACCCUUCGCAGGUUGCAUGUCUAUAUCAUAAUAUACACAGUUAAACAUAAAUGAUAUGUGUGUAAUACAUCUUAUACCUACAUAUUAUAUAUAUAUAUAUUUAUAUAUAGGUGUGUGUGUGUGUGUGUGUAUGUGUGUGAUUUGUUA